AUGCAAGAUAAACCUGGUUAUAUUGAGAAACAUAGACCCCAAUGGAUGCAUAUCUAUUCAGGACGAAUUGAAUCACUAUGCAAUGAAAUUAUUAAAAGUCGCCGUUAUGAUAAAGCCAAAGAUGUUCAUACUGCAAUGUUUGAUAUCUUUGGUAAUGACUGGUUGAUUCAAAUAAAUACAACUGCUUCAGCUGAAGCUAUUCAUGAAUUUAAAAAAUUACGUAAAACUAAAAGAGCAUUUCAAUGCUUAUUUGAAGCUGAUGAUGAUGCUGUAUGUGAAGUUGAUUAUCUUUCUACUUCUAAAGAAAUCUCAGUAAAUACUACCAAAUCUAUUAUAAUUGAAGAACUUGGGAAUUACCAUAAAGUUACUAGUAACGAAAGUAGUGAAGACGAAACAGAUGGUGACUCAGCAAAUAAAAAUAAUAAAGGCAAUGAUCAGAGUAAUGGUGAUUUUACGCAUCAGGAGGAAAUUAACUAA